ACCCCUCCCCCAGCAGCCUCUCAGGUCCGGUGUGCGGGGAAGGGCAAAGCCCCGCCACGGCUCUCGCUCCACUCAGAGCCGCCCGCCCCCGUACUACCGUGUUUGUCCCUUUCUCUGAGUCCCUUUAAGGUGAUGGCAGACACCGAGACACCGCCAUGACAGAGAGACUCAAAGGGAGACACUGGGAGAGCCCCUCCCCCAAGCACGCCAUUACGCGUUUUGCCCCGCCCCUCCUACCCCGUUACGCGUGCGCAGCAGCUUCCGCCCACACUCCCCGCCUCGUUAACCGGGAACUGGUCUGUCUGGGUCUUCCGGGUCCCAACAGCAGAAAGUCUCGGCUGCCAGAGCAAGGAGCCCGGGCCGAGCGUGGCCCGUUGACUCCCUCCCCUCCUCCUCUCACACAACAAAGGUCCAAGACGCACCGCUCUAAGCCUUCCGGAAGCCGAGCCUGGCCAGGAGAGAUUCCCUGCGUACCUGGAGGCUGCUGUAGGGGGCGGAGCCAAGAAGAGGGCGAAGACAGGAAACAGAAACUUCACUUUGAGAAAAACAACAGGAUUGCUCUCUUUCCCCUCAAAACUCGAAUCCAGAAGAUCAGCUUCCCAGUUUUGAGAAAAGGUGAAGCUCUCCCUGCUGGACCUCAGCCUGCCUCAAUGCCUGCAGCCAGCCUCCUGCCCAGGAAGAGGAGACAAAGAGCUUGCAGAGGACCCAGGCCUAGAGCCAGAGGGGUGGCCCCUGGGAGCCCCGGCCCCCCGGCCCAGGUCUUGGUGACGUUCCAGGAUGUGGCUGUGGACUUCACCCAGGAGGAGUGGCGCCUCUUGGACCUUGGUCAGAAGGAGCUGUACAAGGAGGUGAUGCUGGAGAAUGUCCAGAACAUGCUCUUCCUGGGUCUUCCAGUUCCCAGAGAAGACUGGAUCUCCCAUUUUGACCAAGGGAGAGCUCCAUGGAUGCUUGAGGGAGAAGGCCCCAGCAACUCCAGUCUGGAUGGACAGAGGAGGCUUGAAAUGAGAGAGAUUAAUGCAAAGCUCAGGGAAGAGUCUCAACAGCCAGUAUUCAUGAAUGAUGAUUACUGUGACUCCAAUCUGAAAGAAAUCUGUGAUUCUGAUUUCAAGAUUGAAAAAAUACAAAAGGUUCACCAUGAAUUUGAUAAAAAUGAAAAGAAUAUAAGGCAAUAUUCCAUCUUCAGUCAACAUAAGAAAACCAUCUCAGGCCAUUACUCUUCUCAGGGCCUUAAAUAUAGGGAAUGCUUUACUGAACAAGUGGAGUUUGUUGAGUCUCAUGAGAAGUCUCCAUUAUUACAAACCUAUCAGUGUCAUAACUGUGAGAUGACUUUCAACUUAAAAUCAGAACUUAUUAGACAUCAGAGAAGUCAUGCUGGAGAAAUGCUUUAUACACAUAAUGCAGUUGAGGAGGCCUUAAGUCAUAAUUCAGAGCUCACUGACCACCAGAAAAUUCAAAAUGGAGAGAAACAUUAUGAAUGUAAUGACUGUGGUAAAGCUUUUAAGAAACAGUUAUCGCUUAUACACCAUCAAAAAUUUCAUACCAGCACAAAGCUGCAUAAAUGUAUGCAAUGUGGGCAAGGCUUCUGGAAACACUCAUCACUCAUUUCUCAUCAGAAUAUUCAUACUAGACAGUCAUCUAAUGAGUAUCCUCAACGUAUUAAAACUUUCAGUGAAAAGUCAUCCCUUAUUGUACAUGAAAAAAGUCAUACUAAAGAGCAACUUCAUGAACAUAAACAAUAUGGAAAGACUUUCACACAGAGAUCUCAUCUUGUUAUACAUCAGAGAAUCCACUCUGGAGAGAAAUCUUAUGAAUGUAACCAGUGUGGAAAGUUUUUCAAACAGAAAUAUUGUCUUGCUAACCAUCAGAGAAUCCACACUGGAGAGAAACUUUAUAUCUGUAGUCAGUGUGGAAAGAGUUUCUCACAAAAGGGCAAUCUUAAUACCCAUCAGAGAACCCAUACUGGAGAGAAGCCUUUUGAAUGCCAUCAAUGUGGAAGGACUUUUAGGCUGAACUCCCAUCUUAGUGCACAUCAGAGAAUCCACACUGGAGAAAAACCUUAUAAGUGUAAUCAGUGUGGAAACCGUUUCAGACAGAAGGUCAAUCUUGUUGUUCAUCAGAGAACCCACACUGGAGAGAAGCCUUUUAAAUGCCAUCAAUGUGGAAGGAGUUUUAGGCUGAACUCCCAUCUUAGUGCACAUCAGAGAAUCCACACUGGAGAAAAGCCUUAUAAGUGUUUUCAUUGUGGAAAGAGUUUCAGACAGAGCUGUACUCUUACUGACCAUCAGAGAAUCCACACAGGAGAAAAAUCUUUUGAAUGUAAUCAAUGUGGAAAGAGUUUCUCACGAAGCUCCUGUCUUGUUUCACAUCAGAGAAUCCACACUGGAGAGAAACCUUAUGAGUGUAAUCAGUGUGGAAAGAAUUUCAAGCAGAAGUCCGGUCUUGCUCAACAUAAGAGAAUUCACAGUGGAGAGAAACCUUAUAAGUGUAGUCAGUGUGGAAAGAGUUUCAAACAGAAGUCCUGCCUUGCUAAACAUCAGAAAAUCCACACUGGAGAGAAACCUUAUAAGUGUAAUCAGUGUGGAAAGAGUUUCUCACGAAGCUUCUGUCUUGCUUCACAUCAGAGAAUGCACACUGGAGAAAAACCUUAUGAAUGUAAAGAAUGUGGAAAGACAUUCAGACAGAGGGGCAAUCUUAAUGCACAUCAGAGAACCCACACUGGAGAGAAGCCUUAUGAAUGCCAUCAAUGUGGAAGGAGUUUUAGGCUGAACUGCAGUCUUACUGCACAUCAGAGAAUCCACACUGGAGAAAAGCCUUAUAAGUGUAAUCAGUGUGGAAAGAGUUUCAGACAGAGCAGUACUCUUACUGAUCAUCAGAGAAUCCACACUGGAGAAAAAUCUUAUGAAUGUAAUCAAUGUGGAAUGGCUUUCAGAAAGUCAUCCAGACUUGCUCAGCAUCAGAGAAUCCAUACUGGAGAGAAACCUUUUGUAUGUAAUCAAUGUGGAAAGACUUUCAGACGUAAUUCUGAGCUUUCUCAACAUCAGAGAAUCCACACUGGAGAGAAACCUUAUGAUUGUAAUCAAUGUGGAAAAAGUUUCAGACAGAGGAGCAAUCUUGCUGAACAUCAGAGAACCCACACUGGAGAGAAACCCUAUGAAUGUAAUCAAUGUGGAAAGACUUUCAGAAAUAGCUCCUAUCUUGCUGGACAUCAGAGAAUCCACACUGGAGAGAAACCUUAUGAAUGUAAUCAAUGUGGAAAGAGUUUCAGGCAAUACUUCAGUCUUACUGAACAUAAGAAAAUCCACACUGGAGAGAAACCUUAUGCAUGUAAUCAGUGUGGAAAGCCUUUCAGAUGCAAUUCUGAUCUCCUUAAACAUCAGAGAAUCCACACUGGAGAAAAACCUUUUGCAUGUAAGCAAUGUGGAAAGAGUUUCACACAGAGUGGCAUUCUUGCUCGACAUCAGAAAAUCCACAUUGCAGAGAAACCCUAUAAAUGUAAUCAAUGUGGAAAGACUUUCAGAAGCAGCUCCCAUCUUGCUCGACAUCAGAAAGUCCACACUGGAGAGAAACUCUAUGAAUGUAAUGACUGUGGUAAACCUUUUAGCCGCCAUUCAUCUCUUCUUAUUCACCAGAGAAUCCACACUGGAGAGAAACCUUAUGAAUGUAAACAGUGUGGUAAGACUUUCACACAGAGAAGUCAUCUUGCUAGGCAUCAGAGCAUGCAUACUGGUGAGAAAUCUUAUAAAUGUACAUAAUGAGGCAAGACCUUCAUACAGAGAUCCAAUCUUGCUCUGCAUCAGAGAACCCACACUGGAAUGAAACCCUAUGAAUGAGAUGACUAGUAAAAAUUUUAAGAACUUAAUCUCUUAUUGUUCAUCAGAGAUCCACACUGGAAAGAAACUUUAUGAAUGUAAGCAAUGUGGUUAAACCUUCAGGAAACAGUCAACCCUUAUUUCCCAUGAGAGAAUUCAUAUGAGAUAGAAAUCUUAUCAGAGUAAUGAGUGAGAAAAAACAUUGAAAUGGAGUACAAAGGUUUAUUAGUCAUUCUGUGGACAAGCUAAAAUAUGAACUCAGUGUGAGAAGUCCUUCAGUAAGAGAUCAUCUCUUAUUUACAGACAUCAUCAGAGGAUUCAUAGUGGAGAGAAACCUUAGGAAUUUGCUCUGAGGGGCAUGCCUUUUGCUGUAAGUGAGAAGUUCCUAGACAUCAGAAUCUUCACACUGGAAGGAAGGCUUAUAAACCAAUGAUUGUAGACUAUGUGUAUGAAGGGUUAAAAUUUUUCAUAGGAGUUUGAAAAAAGGUCAGGAGAGCAGUUUGGUGAACACAAAACAAUUUUUAGGCAAGUUUAGAUAGGAAAUAGAAAGGAGGAAAGUGAGAGUAAUCUCCUAAUAUCUUAUAAAUAUACCUAAGAUGCCAAUCCUAACUAAAACUUUCUAAAAAAUCUUUAAAUCUAUCUGCCUUCAAGGGCAAUUCUUCUGCCAGCCAAGACCAGCCUACUCGGCCUUACUCUGACUAUCUAUGAAUUUAACCACUCUCUACCUAACUACCUAAGCUGAUCAAUAAUCAAUAAGGCUCUUAAGGCCUUAAAUCUGUUUUCUCUGUCCCCAGGUGUCAGUUAGAAAACUGCCAGCCUCAGAGAGAGAGCCAAAAACUGCUGUUCCUUUUCCUAGGGAGCCCAGAGACAAAAGUUUCCCUUUCUAACUGAAACUGUUAUUAAAUAUAACUCCUUCAUCUCCUAGGUAACAGAAUCUUUCACAGAGCCUGUCAGUUAAGAGACUCUCAGUGAACAAUAUUUCUGUUUCUCUGCCUCUUAAAUAGACAGAGGAAGAGACUAAAAAAACUCCUUUUAACAUUUCUCCCCCUGAGAUCUGUUGGGAGAACAAUCUCCUCAAUGGAUCUUUCAAACAAAACUAUUUUAUAUUCUAUAUUAGAAACAGAGAGAAAGAAAGAAAGCAAAACAAAUCUUGCAACAUGCAAGUCUCAAAUUAUAUACAAUUACAAACAUUUAUGGUUACAGAAUCACAUAAUUCUUACUCUACAGUGUGAAGAUUAAAUUAACUCCCUGCCCAUUAAAAAAAAAAAUAAACCCUUACCUUCUUUCUGUCUUAGAACCAAUACUAGGCAAUGGAGGUCAAGUGACUUGCUGAGGGUUACACAGCUAGGAAGUGUGUGAGGCCAGAUUUGAACCCAGGACCUCCUAUCUCUGAAUCUGACACUCAAGCCACUGAGCCAUCCAGCUACCCUCAUAUUUCUACACCUUACAGCAGAAAUAAAAACCUUUUCUUAUUAUUCUCUACAGAAAUAAGAACCAAGAGGUAUUAAUCUGAAUUCACCUUAUAGUUACUAUUGUGAACUUUAGAUUACUCCACCCUACUUAAGUCUAACAAAAAUAGGCAUGUCUACAACCAUACUUAAGGAUAAAGUAUUUAGGAGGAUGGCCUAUGACAGACAUGUGCUAGCAAAUGACAAAUCAGAAACAACUGACAGACCCCUGGGCUGUCCUAAGUCGAGCUUAAGCUACCAUUGGCACAUGUGAGACACAAAAGUGAUGUAAAGACCAUCUAUAUAUUUCUCAUCACUUCCUUUCUCUGGCUUCUUUCCGCGGAGAGCUGGCUCUGGCUGGCAGCGUGCUAAGUGUUCUGGCAUCUUGGCAUGGUGGCAGCUAUUGUCUGGUUUGGCAGUGAGUUUUCCUUGAUACUAUAUCGGGAGAAGCUAAAUAGCCUAGUUCAGGUGAGACAUCUUAACUGAGUUCUCUUGGAGUUUAGGCUGAUUCUUUCCUCCUUUACCUUCCAAACACUGUCCUUUUAGAAAGCCUCUAAUCUUUAAAGACCUCGUAGCAGCAGUCUUUGAACUUCCUCUGACACAGGCCAGGCAGGAGAAAUCCUAUACCCUCCUCUCUUUUCUCCUUAAUUCCUUCCCUCUAUAUUAAUUAAAAUCACCAUAAAUUACCAUCUGACUUGAGUAUUUUAUUUGGGAUUUUCUCUGGUGGCCAAAAGUAGUUUAGAUUUCUGUCACAACCCUAAAAUUAUCCUUACACUAUGCACACACAAAAGUAUAUAAGAACCUUAUAUACACAUUAUACACCUAUAAUAUAUAAUGUCCCCCCCAUGUGGAUGUUGAUCAACACUUAAAACGCUUUUAAACAUUUUGCUAUUUACAUAUCAAUUAGUUAUUAUAAUGCCAUAAAUAUAAAUUGUUUAUAUAUAGAAAUAGUUAUAAUCCUAUAAAAGUAAGUUAAUAAUAAUCAUUUUUAAAUAGUAAUCCUAAAUCCAAAUAAAUUAUAUACUUACCUAUUGUGUAUUAUUCAUUCUAUUUUAAACCUUCACCAAAAAAAAAAUCAAACCUUUUUUUUUAAACAGCAAAAUAUUAGUUCAGGAGUUCAUUGAAAUAUUCUUGAAAAUAGUGUCCAUUUGGCUUUAUAGUCUUGUUCUUGAUGAAUUCAAUGUCAUUAAAAACAGUGUCCAGUUGUA